GCUCAUGCUGGAGUCGGUGGCCGUGUUCUGGUGGGUGGGAGCCCCGCACAAGGUCGGACGCUUGUAGCCAGGCGCCGCGGGUGGGCUCUCCUGGUGGCCACGGUCCCCUCCAGGCUGCGCGCGCGCCGGCAGUCUCCCCCGCCCCCCUCCCGCCCUUCUCGUCCUUCCCGCUCCUCCCUCCCUCCUUCCCUGCUCCCUCCUCCUGCAGUCCGUCCCCUCCUUCUCUGUCCAGCCUCUCCACAGCCGAGGCUCCAACACCUGAGGGGACAGAAGCGAACGCGGGGAGCUCCAACAGGCGGCGGCACGGGACCGCGGGUCCGGGGUGGCCUCCGCAUGGCCCCACCGUGAGAGGGGACCCAGCGGCUGGGACACGAGCGCCCUAGGGGCUGGCAGGGACGGGUGGAAACAGUGACUGCCAUGGAUGAAGAAAAGCUCCCAUGUGAGCAGCACAAGGAAGGGGGUGCUACCCAAGACCACAGCCUGGAGCCCGAAGAAAAGCCUGGGGUCCAGAAUGGAACAGCAGCCAGUGAAGGCCUGAGCAGCCACAUUAGCGGUCCAGAAAGUGGGAAGACGGGCACCUUAGUGGGCACCAUGGAGCCUACGAGAGACCCAGAUGUUGCCCUGUCUGGCCUUAGCCUCUCUUUGACCAAUGGCUUGGCUUUGGGACAAGAUGGUAACAUUCUGGAAGAUUCUAUAGAAUCCAGGCCCUGGAGUAGUGGACCAGCAGAGGAGGAGGAUGCCCCUAGGAGUCCUUGUCCAGAUGCCGAGGACCCUCAGCUGGGGCUGGAUUGUCCUGGCGAACCAGAUGUGCGGGAUGGCUUCAGUGCCACUUUUGAGAAGAUUCUGGAGUCGGAGCUACUGAGGGGCACCCAGUAUAGCAGCCUGGACUCAUUAGACGUGCUGAGUCUCACUGAUGAGAGUGACAGCUGUGUCAGCUUUGAGGCCCCCCUUACACCUCUCAUCCAGCAGCGGGCUCGAGACAGCCCUGAGCCUGGGGCUGGGCUGGGCAUUGGGGACAUAGGGCCUGAAGGGGAUCUGGGGGCAACUGGUGGUGGUGAUGGGGAGCUGGGCAGUCCCCUGCGGCGGUCCAUCUCUAGCAGCCGCUCAGAGAAUGUCUUGAGCCAUCUGUCUGUCACAUCAGUGCCCAAUGGGUUCCAUGAAGAUGGGCCUGGGGGCUCAGGGGGGGACGAUGAGGACGAUGAGGACACGGACAAGCUGCUGAACUCUGCCAGUGACACAAGCCUUAAGGAUGGUCUGUCAGACUCGGACUCAGAGCUGAGCAGCUCUGAGGGGCUGGAGCCUGGUGGCACAGAUCCACUGGCCAAUGGGUGCCAGGGGGUCAGCGAAGCCGCUCGCAGACUGGCCCGACGCCUCUACCACCUCGAAGGCUUCCAGCGCUGUGAUGUAGCCCGGCAGUUGGGCAAAAACAAUGAGUUCAGCCGGCUGGUUGCUGGGGAGUACCUCAGUUUCUUCGACUUCUCAGGCCUCACUUUGGACAGAGCUCUCAGAACCUUCCUGAAGGCCUUCCCACUGAUGGGGGAGACACAGGAACGAGAACGAGUCCUUACCCACUUUUCUCGCCGGUACUGCCAGUGUAACCCAGACGACAGCACAUCAGAAGAUGGGAUCCACACGCUCACCUGCGCCCUGAUGCUGCUCAACACAGACCUGCAUGGACAUAACAUUGGUAAGAAGAUGUCCUGCCAGCAAUUCAUUGCCAACUUGGACCAGCUGAACGAUGGCCAAGACUUUGCCAAAGACCUUCUGAAGACGCUUUACAACUCCAUCAAGAAUGAAAAGCUGGAAUGGGCCAUUGAUGAGGAUGAGCUGAGAAAAUCCCUGUCUGAGCUGGUGGAUGACAAGUUUGGGACGGGCACAAAGAAGGUGACUCGGAUCUUGGAUGGUGGCAAUCCAUUCCUGGAUGUCCCACAGGCUCUCAGCGCUACCACCUAUAAGCACGGCGUGCUGACCCGGAAGACUCAUGCUGACAUGGACGGCAAGAGGACACCCCGUGGGAGGCGUGGCUGGAAGAAAUUCUACGCGGUGCUCAAAGGGACCAUCCUGUACCUGCAGAAGGAUGAAUACAGGCCUGAUAAGGCCCUGUCCGAGGGGGACCUGAAGAACGCCAUCCGUGUACAUCACGCUCUGGCCACCAGGGCUUCUGACUACAGUAAGAAGUCCAACGUGCUCAAGCUCAAGACAGCAGACUGGAGGGUCUUUCUCUUCCAGGCACCGAGCAAGGAAGAGAUGCUGUCCUGGAUCCUCAGAAUCAACUUAGUAGCUGCCAUCUUCUCAGCACCCGCCUUCCCAGCAGCUGUCAGCUCCAUGAAGAAGUUUUGUCGACCCUUGCUGCCCUCCUGUACCACUCGCCUUUGCCAGGAGGAGCAGCUGCGGUCUCAUGAGAAUAAGUUGAGGCAGGUGACUGCAGAGCUGGCUGAGCACAGGUGUCACCCACUGGAGAGAGGCCUCAAGUCUAAGGAAGCGGAGGAAUACCGGCUGAAGGAACACUAUCUCACGUUUGAGAAAAGCCGUUAUGAGACCUAUAUCCACCUCCUGGCCGUGAAAAUCAAAGUGGGCUCAGAUGACCUGGAGCGGAUUGAGGCUCGGCUGGCUACUCUAGAAGGGGAUGACCCAGCUCUCCGGAAAACACACUCAAGCCCCGCCCUCAGCCUGGGCCAUGGGCCCGUGACUGGCAGCAAAGCCACAAAGGAUACCUCUGCAUCUGAUACCUAGCUGGUGUGGCUGUGCAGGCCCUAGAAGCAGGCAAAUGUCCCCAGAGGGGUCAGUGAGCACAAUUCCAGUCAGGGACUGCUUGGACCAAGCUCCAGGCAGUUAACCGGCAACCAGAGGGGUAUGGAGAGCCCUGUGCCCAAGGAGACUCAUGACGCUGAUCUUCUUGCAUCCUGGGCCAUCUCUGGCCUAGGCCCUCUCCUAGCCCUGCUGCCCUUCAGUCACAGGGCCUUGCUUUGCAGGCCAGACAUGCUCUAGGGCCGAACAAGUCUGUCACUGUUGCUUUCCCAGGCUCCCUUCUCAUCAAGCUCCUCCCUCAUCUUGUAUUUGUGAGGGUGGGUCUGGACUCUGAAUCUCAGCUUGGCCACUCACCCUUUCUCCUCUUUCCUCUCAGUUGACCAGCAGCAGGUCUAUGGACCACCAGCAACCUUUACAACUGGCCCAGUCCUGCCUCACAUUGCAAUAAUCUGGGGCCUAACCUCCACUCAGUGCCAAGCUGAUUCCACUCAUGCGUGUACCCCCUUUCUCCUUUCGUCCCCUGAGGCCUCUCCAGUCUCUUUUUUAUAUACACACACAAAAAUAUAUAUGUAAAGAACUCAUUUAAAGAAGGGUUGGGAACUACUACCCACUAGAGGAUGAAACCAGAUGAAGGAGAAGGCCUGUCUUGGAGCUUGGCCUGCUAACGAGGAAGCCUGCAAUGGGGCCCUCUAAGGGCUGCUCUGACACUCUGGAUGGAAGGAUGAAGACCCUCUGUGUUUUUGUCUUUUCCUUUUUCGGCUGACUUGUGACUCACAAUCACUUUUCCAGUUGAUGCUUUUGGACUGAACAGGAUACAUGUGUAUGUAUCACCUCCUUUGUCCCAGGGGGUGUCCUGUGGGGUGAGUGCCUUGGUAGCACACCUCUGUUUGCUUUUCUAUCUUCCUGUGAAUACUGCCAAGGUCUUAGAGCUCCAGUGGUGGCCUCUGCACAGACCUACUGGCAGUAAGGAAGGACACUCUACCUUGCUGGGCGCCAUCCUCCGGCAAGCCCAGGCCAGGCAGUAGAGUAGGCUUACAGAAGCUGUUAGCUCUCAGCUCUGGGGGGUGGGGAAGGUUUUGAUUAGUGAUAAUCUUUUCCUUUUCCUAGCAAAUCAGAAAGGCUAAGCAAAGGACCCAGUUGAGAGUAGAGACAUAUGUCUCUCACGGGUUGACAUCCUUUAAACACUGCAUCACUUAGAGCAACAAGUGAGUCUUGGGGAUAGCCCUCUUGACACAGCUACCACAAGCUGAUCUUUCCUAUUGUUUGGCUAACAGUUUGCAGUCUUGGGUGACAUAAGCCUUGUACUAAGCGCUUAACACUUCAAGUCCACUCCCAUUGGAUGCAGGGAGCUGGGAGUUUGUGGAGAGGUGUAGUGGGUUGAAAUCCAAAUUGUUUAAAUUGGAUUAGCUGAAGUGCGUUUUAUAACCAAACCAUCUGGCCCCUUUGUUUUGCUCAGGGGAAGCAAAUGCUCGUUUGAAUGAGAUCAGAAAGGCAAUUCGGGGGCAGCAAAGUGGUUUCAGUUCUUUGUCCAGCUGCCUGAAGGUCCUUUGAUUUUUCCAGCCAGUGUCCCACUCUCUGUGUCAUGGGGUCGGGGACAGCAGAGGUGCAAGUUCCUUAGCCUCAGACACGCAUGACUGCCCAAGCACUAGUUGUGCCUCCCAUCAGUAAAGACAUUUUUUAGUUUGCUUCCUUAAUUGUAUAAUUCUUUAUUUGUAAAUUAUAUACAUGUACUACUGUACUAAAAUAUUAUGUACAUUAUAAAACAUACACAAAAAUAGAAAUUUAAAAAAGAUGAGAUGAAAAUAAAUCUAAAUCAAAGUUCUAA